AUGGGUUUCCUCAGUCUUGGUUACCGUCGACCCGCCCGGGUGGACCAACAUCGACAGUCUCUCGACUCCACAGACGAGUCCCUCCGAUCUGGCAGUUCUGGUGCCUCAGCUGGUAUCCCGGCGGCCCUGACCUUCGACAAGAUACUCGAUGGUGGCACCUGCCCGCCAUGCACCAUCCGCGACUUCAUGAACUACCUCAUCUAUGUCGAGAUGUCAGCCGAGAACCUGCAAUUCUUUCUGUGGCACCGGGACUAUGUUCAGCGCUUCCAUAGCGCAACCACCAGUGAUAUAGCCCUCGCUCCUGAGUGGUCACAGGAGGAACAGAACGAGACGUUCAACAAGCUACAGAAGGAGCACCGUGAUGGUCUCAAGCGCGACCCGGCUGCCACGGCCGCCAUCUUCAAGGGAACGGAUUUUGAGAAGUCUGGAACCAUGAGCCCUUCAACCAUCGACAAGCCAGCCCCCAUCUUUCCAAGUAACAACCCAUUCAACACACCGCCGCGUACGCCUAAUGGUGAUACCAUGUCGAAUUUCACGGGCCAGAACGCGAUGACCUAUCGCAGCCAGGCCCAAGAGGCGUUUGCGUCGGCGGGAACCAAGGCGCCUUUCACCAUCCAGCCUUUCCGCGAAGAGAUCGACCGUGUGAUAGCAACAUACGUGAUGGAUGAUGCGCCGCGACAACUAAACCUCUCGGCGCGUGAACGAAAGCAACUGCUCAUCGCACUCAGCCACACUACGCACCCAACAGCGUUCCGCCAGGUAGCAUGGUCGGUGGAGAGCACACUCCGAAUGCAGGCACACCCGAACUUUAUUAGAUGGAGUAUCUGCAACGGCAACACCGCGCGCGUCAAGUUCGCCAACCUGCUCGGGGCGUUCCUGAUCGUGGGCUCCCUAGCGGCGUUCGUGCUCCUCACGCUGUCAUCAGUGCCGCGCGGCUUCCGGGCCAUCCCGGCCGUGGGCUUCGUGCUGGGCGUCAGCACGCAGGUGGCGGCGCUCAAGGGCAUGUGCGUGGUCCUGCACGGGAUGCACCACCGGCACGUGCGGCCGUGGGAGCUGUUCGUCGACGAGGAGAUGCUGGACGACAUGUCCUCCACCUCCGGCGGCGACGGCAAGCCCGCACAGCACGGCAAGAAGUCGUUUGACAGCUUCGGCAGCUCAAAUAGCUACGAGGACGAGCCGUGGGUUGUCAACUAUCAGAAGCGCAACAUCGUGCGCAAGGUGUUUGACCGCGAGGUGUGGAUCCAGGAGCCCGCCCUGAGGAGUAUUCAGGACACCAUCUUCGUGCAGGCUGUGCUUCUGGCGGUGGUGUCUGCCGGGGCGCUGACGGCUGUUUUUGUGUGUGUGCCCGGUGGGUACUUUUAUUGA